AUGACCAAAAAGCAGAAGAAGUCCUUUGUCUUCAAACCUACCGGUACCCCGCAUCAUACUCUCACUUCCAGCCCCCGACAGAAUGAUCAAACCAGACGACCUGCUGGCUCCACCACGUCUGACUCGCCUUCUGUCAACGAUCUGAUCAGCCAUCUUCGCCGCACACAAGCGCCGACUCCCUCUGAACCCGAAACUCCAGCCUCUUCACAAUCCUUCCUCCCUCAAGGAUCCGUUCAUCCAACUCUUAGAAACCUUCUCGAGCUUCCAGAGGCCCCAUCACCUCGACCUCGCCCUGGACCUCGCCGCACGAUUAUCGGCGCGCGUCCAGUACGAUUGACCCCAGGACCUCCGCCCCCAAACAGCUGGCUCUCGGGAAAUAGCGAGGGGUCGCAGUCAGCGGAAGAAGCCGUGCUGGCUACCACCGGAGGUGACAGAAAUACUAUAUAUCGUCUCGAUAGACUACCUGGGGCAAAGUUCCCAGCUGAGUCCAGUCUACUCCAUGCAGUCCUCAUGUCUAUGGCCUUGAACUGGGCCUGGCAUCUGGAUUAUGAUGGGCCAUUUCUGGCUCAUUUGCCCCCACAUACUAAAGAGCUCAUGCUCAGCUAUGUCGCCGUCUAUGCGGCUCGCACGAGAACUCAGCCUCUGAAAGGACGCAUGAGGGGCCUGAAGCCUCUGUUUCUCACCGAGUCUGACACUGCUGGAGAUCAAGGUGAAGCUGAUGUGGACACUCCCCACAAAGCCGAUACCUUUACCUGCCGGUUGGAUCUGGCGUGGGCGCUGGGUUACUGGAUGACGUUCAAACAACUCUCGGGGGAGCUGUUUAUCACCACCAAGUCAGCACCUGCUGUCGCCCAGCCUGCGCCAGAGGAGAGCGUCCCUGCCUCAUGGGAUGAACAAACACCCGUUGAGCCUGUGGGGGACGCCGCUUUGUCUGCCACUACAGCUGGUUCCAUUCCCAAAUCCAUCAGCCAAAACGCCCGCUUCACCAAUCUCCGCUACCUUUCCCUCGCCCACCCAGUCCCUGGAGCUGCAAGCUGGAACUCUCUCCUUCACAUUCUUUCUCGUCUUUCUACCAUCACACAUUUGUCUCUAGCUCAGUGGCCCCCUCCAACUCGUACCCCUCAUACCGCCCCCGCGCGGAUGCGCCCAUCAAACCACCGGGGUCCCGCAUUCGUCCACGGCGGUACAGAUGUUUACUCCGGAGAUGAAAAUAACUGGGCAGAAGCAGCGGGGAUACUUCGACAGCUCUCUCGCUUUACUUACUGCCUGAAAUGGCUGGAUCUCGAGGGUUGCUCUGAAUGGAUACCCGCGCUGACAUGGACGGGAACUGAUCCAGACGGCCUGCCCUGUCGGCCAGGCACAUCGGGUCCUGAAUGGAAUGGAUCCUGGCGAAAUGUUGGAUGGAUUGGUCUAGGUCCUGGCUUUGAAUACCCAGGGGACAAGGAUCUUCUUCGUCCCUUCACAAGACCCAUCUCGGCAAUUCGAAACCUACCCCCUCCAUCGUAUUUGCCGCUUGCGUCGCGAAAUAACUCUCUUCUUGCGCCGGCCAAUGCUUUCCAAACCCUCUCGAUGGAGGACCAUAUUGAUCGCCACGACCCUCCUCGGUCUCCUCCCCCAACCGAUCUACCGUGGGACGUGGAGGAGGAACGUUGGUUGUACCGUCGUGACAAAGAGCGUCAGGCCUGGCGCGAUGCAAUCAGUAAGGCGAAAGAGGUGUGCGCUGGGAUUCGGGUCAUCAGAAAAGAAGGUUGUGGGAAGUGGAUUGAGGUUUUUACGGGAGCAGAUGAUGAGGCGUGGAACAACCGCUCGAAGCAUCGAGGAUCGUGA